UACAGUGUACCGCAAGGACUGCUGGGUGUUGUAGUCCAUUUGGUCUUCAGCAUUUGAUCCUUGGUUAGUUGGCACGUCAAGACUGCACGGAGAAACAUAAGGAAUAUAUCAAACAUUAAAGCGAAUAAAAAAUGAGGAUAGCAGGUGCUUUAAAAUUUGUCGUCGCAGCAGCAGUAUUUUUAUUAACCUUCUAUGUAAUAACGCAAGUAUUUGAAAUAAAAAUGGAUUCCAGUCUCGGUAACCUAUUUGCUAGGUCAGCACUGAACACAGCAGCUCACCCAACUACUAAGGCCCCAAGAUACAGAUGUGGUAUUUCUAAGAUAUGCCCAGAAAAGCAUUUCCCCUUCAAGAUUGCAAGUGGAGCAGCCAACGUAGUUGGACCAAAGAUCUGUGUAGAUGACAAUGUUUUGAUGAGCGGUGUAAAGAACAAUGUUGGUCGUGGUAUAAACACUGCUUUGCUAAAUGGAAAAACUGGCGAGCUGAUAGACACAAAGUAUUAUGACCUGUGGGGAGGAGAGGUCGGCCCAUUUAUCGAGUUUGUUAAGUCUAUCCAAGAUGGAACAAUAGUGUUAAUGGCAACUUACGAUGACGGAGCUACAAAACUUAAUGACGAAGCACGGAAGUUGAUUUCAGAACUUGGUAGCACAUCAAUUAACACGCUGGCAUUUAGAGACAACUGGGUUUUUGUUGGUGGAAAAGGAAUAAAGACAAAGAGUCCAUUCGAACAACAUAUAAAGAAUAAUAAAGAUACAAACAAAUAUGAGGGCUGGCCGGAAGUUGUGGAAAUGGAGGGCUGCAUUCCUCAGAAACAAUCAGACUGAACAGAUCAAGCAGUUGGAAUAACAAUCUGGACUAUGGUGUUGGGAAGCCAUCUUGGGGAAGAAAAAAACAACAACUCCUGUAUAAAUAUAUAAAGCGAUGUAAAUAUACUGAAAGAUUUUGUUAUUAGUGUCAACAUGAGCAUGAGCCUGCA